CCGUGGCGGGGGAGAGGGGAACGGUGCCGUAAAGCGCGGACGGCGGACGAUGUCGGGGCGGGCGGGUGCCGCGGCGCCGCCGGCGUUCGAGAAGCGGGUCCUGGUGACAGGCGGCGCCGGCUUCAUUGCUUCACAUGUAGUGGUCUCUCUGGUGAAAAACUAUCCAAAUUAUCUGAUUAUAAAUUUAGAUAAGCUCGACUACUGUGCAAGCUUGAAGAAUCUUGAAACUGUCUCUGGGAAGGAAAACUACAAGUUUAUCCAGGGGGAUAUUUGUGUACCUGAUUUUAUAAAACACCUCUUUGAAACUGAGAAAAUAGAUAUAGUCCUUCAUUUUGCAGCCCAAACACAUGUAGAUCUUUCAUUUUGGCAUGCCCUGGAAUUCACCUACGUGAAUGUUUAUGGCACUAAUGUGCUAGUUGCUGCUGCACAUGAAGCCAAUGUGGAGAAGUUUGUCUAUGUUAGUACAGAUGAAGUAUAUGGAGGUAGCACUGAUGGGGAAUUUGAUGAAUCUUCACCAAAACGUCCAACAAAUCCCUAUGCCUCCUCUAAAGCAGCUGCAGAGUGUUUUGUUCAGUCUUAUUGGGAAAGGUACCAAUUUCCAGCUGUUAUCACACGGAGCAGUAAUGUUUAUGGACCACAUCAGUAUCCAGAAAAAGUUAUUCCAAAGUUUAUAUCUUUGUUGCAACAGAACAGAAAAUGCUGUAUUCAUGGUUCUGGACUUCAAAGAAGGAAUUUCCUUUAUGCAACUGAUGUGGUAGAAGCAUUCCUUACUGUCCUGAAGGAGGGGAAGCCAGGUGAAAUUUAUAACAUUGGAACUAACUUUGAGAUGUCCAUUGCCCAGCUUGCUAAGGAGCUAAUCCAUUUAAUAAAGAAGACCAGUUCAGAAUCUGAAAUGGAGCACUGGAUGGAUUAUGUCAAAGACAGGCCUACAAAUGACCUGAGAUAUCCAAUGAAUUCAGAAAAGAUGCACAACUUAGGAUGGAGACCUAAAGUGCCUUGGAAAGAAGGAAUAAAGAAAACAAUUGAAUGGUACAAAGAAAACUUUCACAACUGGAAAAACUCGGAGAAAGCUUUGGAGCCUUUUCCUGUGACAGAGCCAUUUGCACAACUCGGUGGUCCAUAGGGUGGUGCAGAACCUGAAGGAGUUUUUUCUACCUCAUACGAUCUUUUCUUCAAAGCCUGCAAUCAAGUGGCUGCACUGGAGUCUGAAUGUUUUCAAGAUACAUGUGAUGAGUACAGAGCUACAGUGUGGCACAACUUUGGAACGGUUUCAGCUUUUGGUGCAAUACUCUAUUCUCACUAGGUAUUGAUUUUAAAGACCUGCACAGAGUGAAGCAUAUUUAUAAUGCUAUAAAGUUACGUAACUGAAGUAAAAUCUGCCUUAUUAACUAAGAAUAAUUAAUUGCAAUUAUAGCUUUGGGACUUUCAGUUAGCUUCAUUUUAGUUGUGAAAUCAUUUGUCUGUAUUAGUUUGUUUUUACAGUGUAAUAUAUUAUUUUUGUCACUUCAAAGAGUUAAGUUUUAUUUUUAAUCAAGAGGAGAAAUGUUAUAUUUUUUUUGCGAGUUGAAAUGAGUUGAUAAAAGCUAGACAUGGCACCUGUAUUGUUCUGUCCAUUUCUCUUGGUGCAAUAUUAACUUCUGUAGAUGGCUGAUUAACCUGUUACCUCCUGUAUAACUUUAAAUGCCCCUUUUUAAGGAGAGCAAGGGGGAAAGGUGUCAAGAAGUAGCAGGUGUUCUUGCUGAGAUUUCCAGAAGCAUUUUCUUAAACUUUGUCCUCUUUUUACUGUAUUACUGUCUUUUACAUGUUAAUUUCCUUUUUUUAUAUGUAAAUGUAACAAACUUGAAAUACUGGAACACAGUUAACAUUCCAGUGAUAUUAUGUCCUGUGAUAUGAAGGCUAUUUAUAGAGAAAAUGUUUUUAAAUACUUCUUUUUCUGUGAAUUGUGGGUUGGCAGACCUUAUUCAAUGCAGUGUUUCACACUUUUUUUUUCUGUAACAUUUUAAAGAUAAAACAAUAUUUGAAUUUUAAUGUAAAAUUUGGAAAAAAACUUCAAUUCUAGAAAUAUGUCAGUGAAUCUUUUUCUAAGUUGAUUCAGUAAUAAAAGUCAUGGUGUAACUGGUUUCUCUUAAUUAAGAAAAA